CUGGGCUUGGGGCACAGAGGAAGCGAGACCAUGGUGGGAAAGAUGCAGCCUGUGCUGUGCACGCUCUGGGUCUGGGCCGUCUGGGCAACUGUCAAUGCCAUCUCUGUGGAAACCCCACAGGAUGUUCUUCGGGCUGCCCGGGGAAAGAGCGUUACCCUUCCAUGCACCUACCACACAUCGGCCUCCGAGCGAAAUGGAAUUAUCCAAUGGGACAAGCUUCUAAGGAGUCACACGGAAAGGGUGCUCACCUGGCAAUUUUCGUUGAAAAGCUACAUCUAUGGUGAACUUUACAAGAACCGCGUCAACAUAUCGAGCAAUGCUGAGCAAUCAGACGCCUCCAUCACCAUUGACCGGCUGACCAUGGAUGACAACGGCACGUACGAGUGCUCAGUCUCCCUGAUGUCAGACCUGGUGGGAACCUCGAAGUCACGCAUCCGGCUCUUGGUCCUCGUGCCGCCCUCCAAACCAGACUGCGGCGUCCAGGGAGAGACCGUGAUUGGGAAUGACAUCCAGCUGACCUGCCAAUCGAAGGAGGGCUCUCCGGCCCCUCAGUACAGUUGGAAGAGCUAUGAUGCCCUGAACCAGGAGCGGCCAACACCAGCAGUCACAGGCCAGACCUUGUCUCUGAAGAACAUCUCCACAGAUAUAUCGGGUUGUUACAUCUGCACCUCCAGCAAUGAGGUGGGGACCGAGUCCUGUAACAUCACUGUGGCUGUCAGACCUCCCUCCAUGAACGUGGCCUUGUACGCGGGCAUUGCCGGCGGCCUGACUGCGGCCAUCAUCAUCGUUGGCAUUGUCUUCUUCUGUUGCUGCUGCCGCCGGCAGGAGGGCAGGGCUGAGGACACAGCGCCGAAUCGGGCGGCCUACCAGAAGGCUCCAAAGCAGGUGAAAGAGCUUCAGACAGAGCAGGACGAGGAGGAUGACUACGGGCAAGAAGACCAGAAGAGCACUGGGCGGGAGUCCCCCCGCCACGCUGACCGGUGACCGGAGCAUGCUGCAGGCUGAGGUGGGGGGGAGAUGGGUGCUCAUUCCUCUGCCGCCCGACUCCCCUCUCUUUGCCCCAUUUUUCUGGCCCUUCAUUCCAGUCACUGAUGGGAUGCUUCUUCCCUGUGUCAUCUGCUAGAGGACUUGGCUAAGGGGACCUCACUGGUGACUGACCCUGCCAAGUGCCCUCACCCACAAAGUGGCCCCUUCCUACUGCCAUGCCUAGCUCACAGCCCGGCCCCCAGCCUGGAGCCGGCCGCAGCCUCAUCUUCCUGUGUAGCUGGCGCGGGGCUCCCCGAGGCCCAGGGCGGAGCCUGGGUGCCCCUGGUUGUGAGCCAUCCGAAACGUGUGCUCCCUGCUCGCACAGCACCUGGGGGAGCUUCUGGGGGAGGGGUUGAAGUCAGUACAUAUUUGUUGAAUAAAUGAGUCUUGG